AAUAAAAAUAACAAUCCAUGUGAAAUUCCAAUUCUAAUGCCCCUAUAUCAUUUCAAUUUUCAUUGUUACGCCAUCAUCAAAGAAUAGAAGAAACCAUGGCAUUCUUAUUGAACAAAUCAACCCUUGCUUCCCAUUUUCGAUCUACCUCUCAGAACACUCAAGACUCCGUUCCCCUCUCGCGCCGUCGAUUCCAUGUUCAACCCGGUCUUCGUGAAAAAGCUCUCUUGGCAGAAGAUUCAGCUCUCAAGCCAUUCAAAUCAUAUAAGCAGAGUGUGAAAAAGCUCAGAAAAGUUGGUGAUGUUUUAACUAUUGUUGUUGUUGCCGGAUGCGUUUAUGAAAUAUAUGUCAAGGCAGCUGUGAGAGAAGAAACUCGUAAACAGUAAUGUUAUGAUAGUCAUGUUAGAAUAAACUGAAAAAGUUUGAACCCAAAAUUUCUUGUGCAUGAGUAGUUUUUUCACCGUUCAAGAUUUGCGUGUUCUGAUUAUAAUAUUGAUUGCCAGAUCAUAAAUUUGUGACUAUAGAUCUGAAAUAUAUAUGGAACUCAUUCUACCAUCAAAA